AUGAAGCUAGAUGAUGCGUUGUGGGCAUAUCGCACAACGUUUAAGACCCCUAUUGGAACUUCACCGUACAAGUUGGUUUUUGGCAAAGCUUUUCAUUUGCCAGUGGAACUUGAACACAAAGCCAUGUGGGCAUUGAAGAAACUGAACCUUGACUGGGUCGAGGCUGCUAAUCUGAGGAUGACUCAACUCAAUGAGAUGGAAGAAUUCCAUCUCCAUGCCUAUGAGAGUGCAGCCAUGUACAAAGAGAGGAUGAAGUUUGUCCAUGACAAGAAGAUCUUGAAAUGGGAGUUUAAUUAUGCUGACUUGGUCUUACUUUUAAACUCAAGACUCGGGUUAUUUUCGGGCAAACUCAAGUCCAAAUGGUCUGGACCGUUCAAAGUUGUGCGUGUGUCUCCCUAUGGCGCUAUUGAACUUGAGUCAGAAGAUGGGACUCGAACCUUCAAGGUAAAUGGACAACGAGUCAAGCAUUACCUCGGAACCGCAGGAGAAGGCAUGUGA